CUCAAUUCUCCUUGUUCUCCUUCCCGAUAUACGUUCUCUAUUUUCAUAUAUUCCGAUUUUGAUCAUCGUGCCGAUCGUCAGAUGAAACAUCGCAACGAUCGCUACGGGGAAGGAUCGUAACGUCGAUCACCAACUACUGUACGACGAACCGUUCUACGAAACGUUGUACCGAGCGUUGCGUUCGUUCUUAUCGAGAUACCGUUAAAUACGUUUGUCACGUAGGAGAAUUUUCUUUGGAGAUUUGGGAGGUCUCCUUGAUAACCCGAAGACGCUCGUUAGGAGCACGUGUAAUGCAAUUCGGAUCGCGAUGUCUGGUCUGGUUCCAGGGUUUCACCCUGUCCCUGCGUGUCUCUCCCUGUCUCUCCUUUCGUCCUCCCUUCUCCAUUUCUUCGAGGACUCAUACGUGACUCUAAUUUAGAUACGUCAACAAAAUUGCGCCCCGUGCGAGGGGUGCGUGGAGAUAUCGCGUUUCGUCGCUCUCCAACGAAAUUGUGUGUACCGCUACUCUCGUCAGAGAUAGAGGCAAUGAAGAAGAUGAAAGCGAUUCGAUCUAGCUCGGCAUUGAAGAGACGAACGGCGAUAAGGAGGGUACGAGACCGGAGCGGAAAACAGUUUUAAGCGGAAACGUAAAGAAGAAGAAGGAGAACGAAAGGGGGGCGGACGGAUAUGACGAGUGCAAGAAAACUCUCGAGUUAGAAUAGAGGCACGUCGCGCGCACCGUACUCGUAGACGUCGUCGCCGGGUGCCGGUUCCCCUCCAUGGUUUCGCGACUCUUCAACCCCUUUGCACAGCCUCUUGUUACACGGUUACCCUGCCCUUACCCCUUUAAGGCUUCGUUUAGGAUGGGGUUACCGGUCGUUACGGCCAGUUUCGAGGGUACUCGCACCACGCGUGCGACGGGAAACACGGGGCCCCGCUAGCGCUAAGUAGGCGCAUCAAAAGGAGAAAAGCCUCUCGCGUUCUCUGCCUUAUAACUUGCCCUCCCUUUCUUUGGUUUCCAAACCUCCCUUCCUCCGAGAUUCAAAUUCUAACUAAUACUCUAAACGAGUUUGCCAGUGUAAAACUAUCGACUACGCAAUUUAUCCCCUGGCAGGCACGAGAGUACGCUGUAAAACGUUCGAUUGGUUUUACGGUCGUGACACGGUACGGUGGGUGGCAUUGUUCGAAGGGAGGCGAAUAGGGUUGCGUUUCAGAGCGAAGAGAUCGGAUCUUCGCAGACUGGUAGGAGGGAAGGGACGGGAAGGUAUGUACGUCGUCGUUAGGAAAAUGGGAAACAAUGUUCGUCGAAGCACGUUGGUACCGGUAACUAGUUGAAACGCACAAAGAGAAUCUUUCGUUAACGGACAGACAAAGGGAGGCGAGGGAUGGAGACGAACAGACAAACAGUCGCGGCGCGUCGGGGAUGGACGAGCAAAUGGACCAAGAGACGCGAUACCACCAGCCAGACUACCAUACCAUACGAAACGACGACGUACCACUAUCUACAUAUUUUCCAUCUUCUCCCUCGUCUUUUACGGUUCGGAUCUCUUUUCCUCCGAGCUCGUCCAACAGCGACGAGGAUCGAUGGAUAAUUAACGAAGGUCAGGUGGUCGGAUGCGUAAAAUGGUUUAACCGGUGGACGUUUGCGCUCUGUCAUUAUUUGAUGCUCGUCUCGCGGCGCGAAUACACGGUGAAAUGAACCGUCGCGACUCUGCGCAUUGCGACAGUUUGUCGUCAACUACUAGUUGCCAGAUGUAUGCAAAUUGGCCAGAAAUAACUAGUAUAGUACGCGGAUUCCCUCUCUGUUUCCUUUACUUUUCCGCGUCUCGUUAUUCGAGAGACGGGAAAGCUGUUCGUCGUUGCUACCCGGUCGAUCCGGUUCGAUUUUCGUGCACGGCUGCGGUAAAUGAGAAUCCGGAAGCAGGGAUGGAACUAUGGAAUCAGGAAGGGCGAAAUCGCGUAUCAGGAGGUUAAAAAGGUGUCGGUGGUGCGCGUGCACGUGUAGGUGGAAACUCGCGGUACACGCGGUCGGAAAAGGAUCAAUGAACAGGUUCAAUAACCUGAAAUCCACUCGACGUUCGACUACCUAUCAGAAUACGAACGACUGCGUCGUUUCAACAACCAAAAUAGAUAUUCAUUUUCCAAGAGUGCUAUUUUCCCAGCCAGACACAAAUCCAAUACCGGCCGAUUUAAGUGGUUCUCGCGAUGGCAAGGGUCAAAGACCCGGUGACGACACGCGUUCAAAUUACUUGCGUGUUACAAAUUAUCCCGGCGAUAAUUAAAACCGCAUUGACGCGAUCAACGCGAACAAACCCCGUCUCUCCUGAAGGCUAGCGCGUACAGAACUGUCUCGUAAACAACCGAAGAGAGACUCGAAGUCUUAACCUCGGCGUAGAAAACGCUUGUUCCAAGUAUAAUCGGAUCGAUCCAAUCGAUAGACGUCGAAGUAAGCUCGUCUAACGGGACGGUGAGCGAGAGGGGACGAGGAUACGAAGAGGCUCGUCAUAAUGAAUGCGUUACCCGACGGCGAGGAAGAGUACACGUUCUGUCAUCGAAUAACCAUAUGCCCCGAAUGGCUACGAAACCGUUCCGUAUCCGAGCCGAUUAUAAAGUAUUUGGGGCAACGUUUCACGUGGGCAGAUCUGUUCGAAUUCGCGACGAACGUGGGACUCGUAGUAAUGGGAUGGACAGUUUUAUACUUCUUACUAGGGGACACGAUGCUACCGACCAACGACGGUUUCGGUCUCUACGUUCUAGCGUUGUUCUCGCAUUGUCUCGGGACAACUUUGUCUAUGAUACCUUACGUAAAUAUCCCACCUGUGUUCGGGAUGCUGAUCGCCGGGCUGAUCGUCCGCAACUCCGGUCUGUACAACAUCCAAGAGGACCUCGGCGUUGCGACCACGUCCAAGAUUCGAACGUUCUGCCUAACGUUCAUCAUGAUACGCGCCGGACUUCAGUUGUCGACCACGAGCUUGAAAACUCAUCGGUACUUCAUACUGGCCCUCGCCCUGGUGCCUUGUACGGUGGAAAUGCUGGUUGUCUCUCUGUGCUGUAAAUACAUAUUAAACUACAAUUGGGAUUUGUCGUUCAUGACUGGAGCAAUACUCGGGUGCAUGUCGCCAGUGGUGACCGUCAACUGUGUCCUAGCUCUGGCUGAACGAGGCUACGGGGAAGACAGAGGACUAGCGUCUAUCCUGUGCACCGCUGCAUGCAUCGACGACGUACACAUCGUCUCCGUCUUCGUCAUCUGCUAUUCAAUCGCCUUCGCCAACGGGGAGAGCACGCUGCCGCACUGGUCCUACGUCCUUAUCGGUCUUCGAGAUUCGAUAUUGGGCAUCGUAACGGGAACCGUCUUGGGCAUUUGCUUCAUCUUCUUCCCUCAUCGAAGCUAUGUGAGUUAGUUCCGACGUCCUCUU